CACACUGUGACCUGCUGAUCGUCUGCUGACUCGGAAUGUGAAACGCGUGAUUAACCAUGACAACCGAAUCAGGCGCCGACUCGGAGGCCAAGCAGCAGCAGGAGAACAAGGAGACGGAGAAGGGGAAAGCUAAAGCAGCAGCUGAACCCGCCUCACCUCAGAACCAGCCGGAGCAACUUCCCGCCGCAGUCGGACACAGCACGCCGGCCAGGAAAGAACAGGAGCAGCAGGAAGAGGACCAGGUAUCCCACAGGUCGUCCACCAGUCGUCUCUCCAGGUCUCCUUUGAGAGGAGUGAAGAAGGUGAAAAUCAUGCAGUGCAAGGUGACACUGCUGGACGGCUCGGACUACACACUCAACGUGGAGAAACGAGCCAGGGGCCACGAGCUGUUUGAUAAAGUAUGUGAUCACCUCAAUCUACUGGAGAAGGACUACUACGGCAUCACAUACCGAGAUGUAGAGAAUCAAAAGAAUUGGCUGGACCCUACCAAGGAGAUGAAGAAGCAGAUCAGGACUGGUCCCUGGAACUUUGCUUUCAACGUAAAGUUUUACCCUCCAGACCCCGCCCAGCUGACUGAGGAUAUCACAAGGUACUAUCUGUGCCUGCAGCUGAGAGAUGAUGUGGUUUCAGGCCGUCUGCCCUGCUCCUUUGCCACCCACACAGUCCUGGGCUCGUACACAGUGCAAUCUGAACUUGGAGACUACGACCCCGAUGAACUGGGCAGCGAGUACAUCAGCGAAGUGCGCUUCGCACCUAACCAGACCAAAGAGCUAGAGGAGAAAGUCAUGGAACUCCACAAGACCUACAAGGGGAUGACACCAGCUGAAGCAGAGAUUCACUUCCUGGAAAAUGCUAAGAAGCUGUCCAUGUACGGUGUGGACCUUCACCACGCUAAGUUGGUAGGGAGUCUCUAUGAAUGCUUGGCUCCAGGUGAGGGAGAGGACUCUGAGGGAGUGGAGAUAAUGUUGGGAGUUUGUGCAAGUGGCCUCCUCAUCUACAGAGACAGGUUGCGGAUCAACAGGUUCGCCUGGCCCAAAAUACUCAAGAUCUCCUACAAGAGGAACAACUUCUACAUCAAAAUCCGACCCGGCGAGUUCGAGCAGUUUGAAAGCACGAUCGGUUUCAAACUCCCAAAUCACCGGGCUGCCAAACGGCUGUGGAAGGUCUGUGUCGAACACCAUACCUUCUUCAGGCUCGUAUCCCCGGAGGCUCCCCCGAAGAAGUUCCUCAGCCUCGGCUCCAAGUUUCGCUACAGCGGCAGAACGCAGGCUCAGACCCGCAGGGCCAGCUCUCAGAUCAUCAGACCUGCUCCGCUGUUCGAACGCUCCUCCAGCAAACGCUACAACAUGUCCCGCAGCUUAGACGGAGCUCCAAUCACAGAGAACCAUGAGACUCUCAUGAAAGACAGUUCCGCCGACGGGGCGGCCAAAGUCAUCGCCAAGGGAGACAUCAUCACCACGGUAACGACAGAGAAGAAGGCAGAGGAAGAGAAGGAGGAGCAGGAGGAGGCCCAGAUGGAUGCCGCAGAGACGCCGGAGCCUGUUGUCACAACACCGCUCAGACAAGACACGAAGUGCUCCCCUAGUGUAUAUACAACCGACCCCCUCCGUUCAGAGCUCUCACUCCCUUCAUCUCCUGUCUCAUCAACUAAAGUGCGGCGAAGGCGCAGGGAGAACGCGCGUAAACGGGCCUCAUCGGUUAGUCCGGCCAAAAGCAUCGCUGGCUGCCGCCGCCGGCAAGCCCGAGCCGACCGAAAGGCCGCCCUGCUGGAGGAGCAGGCGCUGCUGCUCACGGCCCGCAAACAGAGGCUGGAGCAGGGCAAGAGCCGCGGCGGCACACUUUUCUCCUUCUCCCUGCACCUGCCUGACCUGUCCUCCUUCCUGGAUGAGGACGGCUACAUCACCUUCCCCGAUCUGUCAGAGAUGCGCUUCCUCCCAGAGUGCGCACAUAACUUCCUGCCCAUUAAGUCUCCUUCACUCAUCCCCUGCUUCCUCUUCAUCUUCUUCUUCCUGCUCACCACGUCCUUCUCCGUCCCAUACGCUCUCACCCUCUCCUUCCCCCUGGCGCUGUGCCUCUGCUACCUGGAGCCCAAGGCAGCAUCCCUGACCGCCUCCAUAGCCCAGGGCUACCAUGACCAUGACAGUUCAGAGGAAGAGGAGACUGACAGCGAACAAACCGACUUUGCCUUUGACGGAGAGAUGACUGCCACAGAGUCGGAAGCCGACGACGACUCUGAGAUGCGGACUCAGUAUAGUUUCAUAAGACGAGUAAAAGGGGAAAACGUUUUUAUCAAGCAUAGUAAUCUGAUGCUAGAGGACACCGAGCCUCCGGCAGAGAUGGUCAAACACCAGACCAACAUCAGCGAACUGAAGCGCUCCUUCCUGGAGACAGACGCCCACGUGCCAGGAUUGACAGAAUGGGAGAAGAGACUCUCCUCGUCCCCCGCUCACUCACCCAGAGCGGACGAAGCACCAAUGAUAGAGCCGCUGGAGCCGCAGGAUAUUGAAGAUGAGCAGCCUGCGGGUAAUGAGACAAAGGAGGAGGUGGAACCUAAAACCACACAGGCGGCAGGAUAUCUGGUGAAAUACGUGGUGGAUAGUACCGUAACAGAUGGGGCCACGUCCUCAGGGCCACACGGGAUUAGCCUGUCAACCACUAUGGAUGACGACGUCUUCAUGGACGGCACCCUCAGGGAGGUUGAGGAGAAAACCCCGGACUCCCAGGAGGAGGUGUCUGAGAAGUCGAUGCUGAAGGUCAGCCCCGGAUCUGUCAGACAAGAAGUGUCCCAGGCCAUCAUUGACAAGAAAGGGAUGCUCAUUAUCUUAAAAGAGGCUGAUGACAAGCUGGAAACAGAGGGCGAAGAGAUGUGUACUUUAGUUGAGAAAGAAGAGCCUCUAGUGUCUGGAAUGGCUGAAGAUGAGGAGAGCGAGUUGCUGUCUCCCUCUAAAGAGAAAGAAAAUCUGAAAGAAGACACCGGUGUUGUCAUAGAAGCCAAAACAAUAGUUGCCAAGACUUCAAGUCCGAAGACUGAUAUAAAAACUGAUGACAAGACUCAGAUUAAAGGUACCGACUCGCCUAAGAAGGCCAUGGCUUCGUGGAUUUCAGAGGUGGUGAAGACAGAAGCAUCGGAGGUCAUCAGCGUGUUGACAAAGGAAGUCAAAGAGGCGAAGACUUCUGAGGAGCCACAGCAGAUAUCUGAAAUCUUCACCUUUGAAGAGACCCAAACUGAGCAGUCAAAGUCCAGCGUGAAUCAGAUUACCAUAUCUGAAUCUUCAACGACAUCCUUAGCAGUGUCUACGCUGGGAUGGGUUUCCUCUUCUUUGAGUCCCACCUCUCAAAAGGCAUCAGCUGAUCCGGAGGAGAAGGCGGCGGUUGCCACGGAGACAGAGGCAGCGCCAGCCGAGUCAACAGGGCCUACGAGUCCUGAAGUUGCCGAGGUUAGUUCCAAAGAGGUGCCUGUGGUCCACACGGAGACAAAAACUAUCACCUAUGAGGCUGCAGAGGUCGACACUAACGGUGACGCAGACCCCGGGGUGUUGCUGAGCGCUCAGACCAUCACCUCGGAAACCACCAGCACCACAACAACCACACAUAUCACAAAGACGGUUAAAGGUGGAGUAUCAGAGACGAGAAUCGAGAAAAGGAUCGUCAUCACAGGAGAUGCCGACAUCGACCACGAUCAGGCUCUGGCUCAGGCCAUAAAGGAGGCUAAAGAACAGCAUCCUGACAUGUCAGUGACCAAAGUAGUGGUACAUAAAGAGACAGAGAUCACGCCAGAGGAGGGGGAGGACUGACCCAGGAGUAAAGCUGAGGGCUGUUUUCUGUUCAACCUCCCAGAAUCCAACAUCCAGAAUUCUACAUAUUACGCCGGGACUCUCAGAAGACUAGAAAAAGGCUCCUACUCUCCAAAUGCUGCAGCUCGCCGCCCGUCGCAACCAUCACCUGCAAAAUAAAUAAAUGCAUUUUUGCAUGAGAAGGACGUAAUGUUGCAUUAUCAAACAAUUGCAAGAUUAUACGGAAAAUCGUACGAUUUUUUAAAAAUGGUUCUCGAUCCACCUGCACGCCGAAUCCCUGUGUGCAGCAAGCAAAUCAUUUGCUUUCACUGCCUUAUGACUUUGAUGCAUUUUUAUGAUUGAGAAUAAUUAUUGUAGCAACAUUUUAUUUAUGAAAUAAAGCCAUCACUCCAGAAACUUAAGAUUGCUGUAGGCUGUAUAUGUUAGAGCAUACACUAUUUAACCUUGCUGUUAGAAGUGCCAACCUCAUUUGCCAGCAAGCAUCGCCUCACUCACUCCAUCAAUCCAAUGAUUCUCUGUCAGGUAUGCCACUACAGAUAUCACAGCCCAGUACUGUACAUAUCAAAGCUUUCUUAGGAAAAUAGCAAAUUAUCUUUCACAGUUGAUUUUUGUCGUGUCUACUUGAAUUGUGUUUUUCCUUUUUAUGAUUAUUUCGGUAUUUUAUUGCUUUUCAUCGAUUUGAUUCCACCACUGCUUUUUUUGUUUUGUUUCUCUUUUUCUUUGAGAAGGUCUAUUUUUGGCAAACGCCAAAGAAUCAAGAUUUCUGUGCAAGAAAUAGAUUUAUAUGUGCCUGCGCAGGAUGUGAAUGUUCGCCAGGGUAGAUGAUCGGCUGCAGCACUAGUCCCAGGUUUGUGUGACUGUGAGGCAAAGGGCUCAAACUGCCGAGCUCUGCCCAAAACAAGAUGCAAAGCCAGGAGAGAUCUGUCCCCCCCCCACUCCCCCCUUACCCACCCACCCAUGUCAGCUGUAUGCCUCCGUCAUCUGUUCAACUAUAUCUGCAUAACCGAGUAUUGUUCAUGUACAGCGACGUUUUCCUCAAAAUGGUGAAAUAAAAGUGGCAAAUGCAUUUUGUUUUAAUUUGCUGUUUUCUUCUCAAAUAAUAAAAUGUU